AUGUUAAAUCAGAGAAUCCACCCGGGCAUGCUCUUACUCCUGAUGUUUCUGUGCCACUUCAUGGAAGAUCACACAGUGCAGGCUGGGAACUGCUGGCUCCGGCAGGCGCGGAACGGCCGCUGCCAGGUCCUCUACAAAACCGACCUCAGCAAGGAGGAGUGCUGCAAGACCGGCCGCCUGACAACUUCGUGGACGGAAGAGGACGUCAACGACAACACGCUUUUUAAGUGGAUGAUUUUUAAUGGGGGAGCCCCAAACUGCAUUCCGUGCAAAGAAACGUGCGAGAACGUGGACUGUGGACCCGGGAAGAAAUGUAAAAUGAACAAGAAGAACAAACCUCGGUGUGUUUGUGCUCCGGAUUGCUCUAAUAUCACUUGGAAGGGCCCCGUGUGUGGCUUAGAUGGGAAAACCUACAGGAACGAGUGUGCCCUUCUCAAAGCCAGAUGUAAAGAACAGCCCGAACUUGAAGUCCAGUAUCAGGGCAAAUGCAAAAAGACCUGUAGGGAUGUUUUAUGCCCAGGCAGCUCCACGUGUGUGGUUGACCAAACUAAUAAUGCCUACUGCGUGACAUGUAAUCGAAUUUGCCCAGAGCCUACCUCCCCUGAACAGUAUCUCUGCGGGAAUGACGGCAUAACUUAUGCCAGUGCCUGCCACCUGAGGAAAGCUACCUGCUUACUGGGCAGAUCCAUUGGAUUAGCCUACGAAGGAAAAUGCAUCAAAGCCAAAUCCUGUGAAGACAUUCAGUGCAGUGCUGGGAAGAAAUGCUUGUGGGAUUUUAAGGUUGGCAGAGGUCGGUGCGCCCUCUGCGAUGAGCCAUGCCCUGAAAGCAAGUCAGACGAGGCAGUCUGUGCCAGCGAUAACACAACUUACCUAAGCGAGCGUGCCAUGAAAGAGGCAGCCUGCUCCAUGGGUGUGCUUCUAGAAGUAAAGCACUCUGGAUCUUGCAACUCCAUUAAUGAAGACCCAGAGGAAGAAGAGGAAGAUGAAGAGCAGGACUACAGCUUUCCUGUAUCUUCCAUUCUAGAGUGGUAA